AUGAAUAGUGGUAUUAGUAAUAAUGGUGCGACAACUACUACUACCAACACAAAUAUUAGCAGUAGAGCAUUGGGUUCACCAAAGAUGGUGACCAAACUCAGACGAAACACAAGUGUUGAUGGAUCAUUGGGUGGAUCAUCACAUCAUCAGCAACAAUCACAACACCAACCACAACCACUACAACUACAACAACAACAACAACAAGGCAAUGCAGUACAAGCACCUGGAAAGUGGGUGUCUGUCAAACCAAAGGCGAUAAUGCGAUCACCACGAGGUGGUGGAGCGUCAGUUCACAAGGGCUUGCUGUCCAAAUCGAGACUAGUGGGUGCCAGCCAUCAGCAGCGACAUCAACUACUUCAUCACCAUCACCACAACCACACACCCACCAAGCGAAGUGAUCACCUCAUAAACAGGAAUAACCAACUGUCGUUUGGCUCAUUGUCUGACCUUGGCGCACUGUUACCAAGCGUGGAUGACAUCCAAGAGGGCGGCGGGAUCAAGGACACUUACAGACCAAACAUGAUCAGCAUUGGCUUCACACCUGGAUUGAGACCACUUGACUCUAGCAGCAGCAGUAGCAGCGGUGGAUGCGCAGGCGACAGCAGUGACAUAUUGUCAUCGUUCCCCACAUCAAUAACCACAGAGAAACAUGUCAAUGGUGAUUGGAAGUUGGCGCACGUCCCCAGCCAACUUGCUCGCAACAAUCAUCCAUUGGUCACUGGCAACAACAAUGCCAGUCGUAACAAUAGUUCACGAACGUUAAAGAGUGGCGAAGCCUAUGCCGUAGUGUUGUAUGACUUUGAAGCAGAUUGCCAUGACGAAAUGGAGCUUAUCAAGGACAGCAUCAUUGUGGUGUGUGAGCAGCCAAGCGAUGGAUGGUGGCACGGCCGACACUUGGACGAAGAUGAGCCACAGGUCUCAUCUAGCAGCGCCAGCACCAAUGCCAAGCCAACACGUGGCAUCUUCCCCAUGAACUAUGUUCGCAUCUUGGACGAGGAGGAGCACAGGACAUUGAGCGCCACGUUUGGAGGCGGAUGUGGCUCGUUCCAGGUCGCGCACUCACCAACCCCCAGCCCGCCACAGAUCAGCUUCGACCCCAACCUCUUCUUCUCAACAUCCACAACUCAUAACAAGAUCCGCAAGCUGUCUAGUCCCAAGGCAUCGGUCCACAUCAAGGUGUUCGUGCCACCUUUCAAUGAGCACACUGUCCUGCGAUUGAGCCAUAACUCCACCGUCAAGGAUGCCCUGCACAAGGUACUCCGCAAGCGCAAGCUACUGCAGGCGCUCGAGGGCUACAAGAUCCACUUCAAGAGAUGGGGCUCAUCAGAUCGAUCAGCCCUUCCAAUGGACAUGCCCAUCCUGAUGCUAAGCUCGAGCAAUGAUCGUCUUCCCAAGCGUGUCAUUGGUCUACGCUACAGCACUGUUAAGCGACAACAGAAUGAACAGCACAACAAACACAUCAUUGUACUCAAGACAUUAUUCCAAACCAUCAGACUCACCUGUGAUGCCAACAAAUCACAGGCAGAUCACUGGAUGCAAUCAAUCGAGUCUUCACCAGACUAUCUCCAAGACAAUCCUUACCUUCUCAAGCGCCAGAGGAAGAGACUGUUCACAUCAACAGAGUCACUGGAAGACAUGUUCGCAUUGGACAAACGCCAGUUACUCAAGGAUAUAAGGAAUAGAUAUUGUAAUAGAUAUUGCUCGGACUGUAAUGGACCUGAUCCUGAAUGGGCCUCUGUAUCAUUAGGCUGCUUCCUCUGUGAUGUCUGCUGCCAGAUACAUCAGUCCGUGCUUGGUCUACAAAUGUCAGAGAUAUACUCUGUCCUCUUCGAUGAUGCAAUCCAUGAGAUGAACAACCUCAAUAUCAUGCAAUCAAUUGGAAAUGCGGUGUCCAACGAGUAUUGGGAGUGUAGACUCAAGAAUAGGAAGAUAGAUGCCAACAGUCUGCCGGCGGAGAAGGAAGCAUUCAUCAAGUCCAAGUACCAGAAGAAGGAGUACGUUCCUCUGGAUCUAAACAUUCGUCCUCCAAUAGAAUGGUACCAGCAGAGUAGACCAACUACAUCCACCACCUCAUCAUCAUCUCAAAUGAGUGAAUAA